ACCAACAAACCUCCGCUGUGCUGUAACGACAGGGACAAACACACACAUCACGAACAUGCCGAAAGCCAAGAAGUCGGGGAAGAGAAAGAACUUCGACUACAGCCAGGACCGGAAGAAGCUGAAGAAGAAGUUCAUGAAGAAAGACAACCCGAGGAUAGAAAACACACAGAUCCGAAAUGCUUGGGACGACAAGAAGUCCAUGACCAGAAACCUGCAGGAGAUGGGUCUGGCUUUUGAUCCGAACCGCACGCUGCCAAUAAAGAAACAAAGACUCCUUGGUGUAGCGAGAGAGGCGAGAGAGACUAAAGCUCCCGCCAACAUCGUGACCAAGCCCUACGUCAUCAACCAGCUGGAGGAGGAGGCCUAUCGUCCAGAGAAAGACUCCAAGACGUUAUCCUCCGACCUGAUCGAGUACGCUCAGUACAUGAUCCGAGAACACAAAGACAACUUCAAGGAGAUGGCCAGAGAUGAGAAGAACUAUUACCAGGACACGCCCAAACAGAUCAAGAGGAAAAUCAACGAGUACAAACGCUGCCACCCGGAGCACUAUAACGCGUUCAUCAGCUCGCUAGCUCCUCCGCAGCCAGCCGACCAGUAGAGAGGGAUCGUCAGCCCUGCUCUGGACUUUAUAUCACUCUCUGUAUCAGGAUGAGAUGGACCUCGUUUUGGAGAGACUGUCAGCAGGUCAGACAGGACAUUUCAUACUGUGUCAGAGGACAGCGGACCCAUAAUCAGAGUAACCGACAGGGAGUGGAGAUGUCCAGGAGCACUGGGGGACAAGCACUACUUCGGGGUCUUGUUAAGGACUUUUAAAGUGCUUUUGGACGUGUCACCCCUGUUAUUAUCCUCCCUGUCAACAAUAUUGUCCUGAUUCCAACUGUGUGUUCUGAACGUCAAACAUGAUUUGUAUGUAUUUUUAAUGUAUCAUUUAAACACCCUGAAGCUCGUCUA